CAUUCAACAACGGCUAUUUAUAAAGCGGAAAAUUUGUUAUUAAGUUUGCUAUUUUAAUAUUAAUAUCAGCUUAAACAAGGACACACACAUGGAAAAAAAUUUUGAAUUACUAAAGCUAUAAACGGUUCCCUGAGGAUAUAGGACAUGCAAAUUCUUCAAGUAAAAUUCCAUUCGAGCCAUUUCCCCAUAGUUUUGUUGCUUCUAUGUGAAUGCUUAUUUAAGUGUAUAUCGCAUUGUUUGGCAUAUCCUGCCAACAACUACCACGAUUUGGAUAUUUGCAACUAUUGGAAUGGACGUAGAUAUUUUCUUGAAUUGGGAGAAAGAGGAGAUUUGCAUGCUCGAAAUGUUACUACCUCUGCAUACCGAAGUACAGUAUUUUCUACAACAAAUACUAACAAUGCGAACAACAUCCAUAAUCGCACCAGCGAUAUCUGGUACCAAUGCAAUCUUGAAUUGGUAACUUGUGCCGCCUGCGUAAUUCGUAUAUCCUUUACCCACGUUAAUUUUUCAAAAACAUGCGAACGUAUCGCUAACACUGGAGUCUCGACAGUUAAAUCAUCUAUGUGUCCUUGCGAGCAUAUACAGUUCUCAGAGCCACCAUAUGAUACUACUAUUUCAGGACAAGAAUUUUGUGGUGAUGGAAAAAUAUUUCGCAGCAGAACACGAACACUCAUGCUGAAAUUCUUCUAUAGAGCGACUAAUAGUCACGUGUUCUCUUUACAAUAUUUCUCCGAAAGGAACGUAAAAAUUGUCAGUGGCUCACCAAAAGAAUCCAUUAAUAAUGAAAACAGAAAUAUUAUAUCAACGCCAUUUUUUCCUAUGCCUUACUUACGUGACUACAGCAUAGAACACAUUUUAACAUGUGAGGCAGACAACUGUCAUGUACGUUUAGAUUUUACAGAUUUCCAGCUUGGAAUAUCAUCUACUAUGGAAAUAUUUGAUUCAAAUGGUCAAAUGCUUGACUCAUACACAGGCGAGCAUUUUCGUCCACCGAUAACUAUUAGCAGUGGCAAAUCUCUAUUACUUCAGUUUCGUGGUAAUGGAGUUACGAGUACAGGAUUUCGUGCUCAAGUAACUUUCGUCUCAUCCAAACAAUUAAAAGAGGAUCGACUAGUUCCAUACACAGACUGUGGUGGCAUGGUUACUGGACCGGGUGGUGCUAUAACUAUGAUGAACAUGAUAGAGAACACAACUGAUGUUCGCUUAUAUGACUGUAUAUGGAUUAUUAAACCGGGAAAUAACUAUAUGAUGAUGAAAACGCAUAUAUCAUUAAAAGUGGAGGAGUUUCAUGGAAUGGCUUCAAGAUCAGAUUUAACCAUACGUCAGGGUACUACUUCAGAUGCACUGGAAAUUGAAGAUGUCGUCUGGCCUAACAAUGGCAUGAGUAAGGAAACUCAUACAGUUCCAAUACUUACCGGCUAUUAUAUAAGACUACGUGGCGUAUUUGGGAUGUCUUCGAAGUUGGCUAUUGUGUACAGUGUCUUCAACUAUUUAAAUUGUUAUAUUGGAUCCGAAUUUUUAUGUGGUAACAAUCAUUGCAUUUCAAUAAGACUUCACUGUGAUGGCUUUGAUCACUGUGGAGACGGCACAGACGAACCAGAUACUUGUGAAGAAGAUUGGGCACAUUUGCAUAAUGAUCGAAGAUGGUAUUCGCAUAAACCUAAUUACUAUUUCCCAAAAAUAGAGCAGUAUCCUGAUUUGAAAACAGCAACAGGUAUUUUUAUAAUUAGUACUUUAGGCAUAUUUGCCGUACUUUCUGGUUGGAUGGUCAUACUUUAUAGAAUGGGUGUUAGGGCACGUCACCAACGAGAACUUCAAAAUCACUUGCAAACUAUAAGCGAACUCUUGGAUCGACAAGAAGAAAUGCCUCCAGAUCAACCACCUAGUUAUGAGGCCCCACCAGAUUAUGAUGAGGUCAUAAAAAUAGGCAUGGAACAGGAAUUGCGUGAAGCAAGGCAACGGCAGCGUCACCAGCGUCAUCGACAACAUCGUGAACGUUGCUGUAGUCGCGCAGCAAGCACUAUUACUGUACAAUCAACCGUUCCUAUUCAUAAUAGUGAACUGCCAACAACUUCUGCUGCAGCAGCUAUCGCGAAUGCCGCAAAUGCCGCAAAUGCAAAUAACCAUGUUGCGACGAUUCUUAACCAGCAAGAAAUAAGUCGUAUACUCAUGGCAACAGCAGCAUGUGGUACUACAACGACGACAGCGAUUGAGUCAACUAAACAAGUCCAAUGCAAGUGCAAAUCAGUUGGGGUUUCAACGAGCCCGUUGUCGGUUUCCUCUGGGCGUGAACUAUCCACAACAGUUGGAGAGCUCCAGAAACCAACAAGCUCUGCAUCCAGUCAACUCGAAUGUUCAAACGAAUUCCAGGAUGACUCACUCAAUAUAUCAUUCACUUUAGCCAUUCCACAAUCCACACAAACAGCGACUGAUAAUAAUGCAGUACGGCCCAAGAGCAUCAACUGCACUGAACAAACUUAUUUGAAGCGAUCCUGGAUUGUGGUAAGUAACGGCAGUAAAAACUAUAAGAUUCAACGUCUUCGGCACACGUUUUCUUCACCUGAAGCUUUCACUACUGAUGCCUAUUUCCCGUCAGAUAAUUUAGGAUACGGCACUAAUUUACCAUAUGACAGAAGUUUUUUUCUAAGCAACACUAGUAAUUUCGGCGUUUCGGAGAUAUCUAGAGACACAUCAUCAAAUAGCAUUAUGCCACUGAAACGUAUAUUAAAAGCGUGUAAAUCAACAACUGCUGCUAAAGACGUUACAACGACUACUUCAAUAUCUAAUAAAACAAUGAAUGAUGUCUGCAAUGAUGUCUGCAAUGAUGUCUGCAAUGACGUUGAAAUUAUGGAAGAAUUCAGUAAUAUUAGACAAGAACUACUGCAAACUGUCAACGACGACAUCAAAAAGGAUAAUAAGUUGGCAUAUUCUGGUAAUAAUAAUUCAACACCCGAAUACAAGAAAGUAUUUCGCCAUAUACGUAGUAAAUCACUUACGAACUCUGGAAAUCGGCAUCAAACUGCAGAAAACCUUAAACGCAGUUCUUCAGCUGAAUUGUUGAUAAGUUUAACACCGACGACAAAAUGGGAUACAGAUGACAGUGCACAUCCAGCAACAGUAUUUUGGAUAUAAAUAAAUUAAUUACAACUAUUUAGUAUUUGAUAGAUAAUUCGGAUUUCAUAUAAAAUAAAUUAUAUUAUAAAUUGAUGUCUAAA